AUGCCUGCCGAAACAUGUGUCGAUUGUCAGGACCAUGAGGCCAAUCUCACCAUCCGAGCUCGGCGCUUGUGUGCCGCCUGUUUCAGCCGUUACGUGAACUCCAAGAUCCUCAAGCGCAUGGAGUCCUAUGGGUUCAAACACCUUGCUGCAGAUCAGAAGCGCCGCCUCUUUCUUCCUAUCUCGGGCGGUGUCUCUUCCAUUGUUCUGCUACAAGUGCUCGAUGCUCAGCUUCAGAAGCAGAUUGGCAACCGCAACAGGACCGCCUACGAUCUCAUCAUCGCACGUGUGGUGCUCUCAGACGCAAGAGAUCUCGGGGCCAUUGAGAGUGAGUAUCAAGCACUAGCACAGAGGUUUCCUUUGCACACUUUCCUUCCACUUGUGCCUCUUCACGAUGUGCUUCGUAUGGACCAUAGGAUACAUCACGACCUCUCACACCUUGGCAUUGAAACUCCAGCUGCCGGAUCGGACGAAGAAAUCGUGGAACGGAUAAUAUCAUGCGCUACUUCUGUGACAACAAGAGCAGAGUUGCAGUCUAUCCUCCUUCAGCGGCUACUCGUAUCGUUGGCAAAACACCAAAAUUGCGAAGGCGUGCUCUGGGGUCAUUCAGACAGCCGCUUGGCCGCUCUUGCACUCGCGGACGUCGCAAAGGGAAGAGGUGGGUCGGUCUCUUCGUUGAUCACUGAUGGUCCGUCCCUACACGGCAUCAAGUUCAACUAUCCCAACCGUGACCUUUUCAAGGUCGAGCUCCACUCUUAUGUGCAAGUAUUAGCCGACCCGCUAGCAUUUGAAAGAGAAGACGAUGCUGUCGGACAGGCGACAUCAGGCAUAAGAAACGUUUCCAUCGACAAUCUCCUCAGCAAUUACAUAAUGUUGCAAGGGGAGAAGUACCCGAGCAUCAUGGCAAAUGUGGUACGAACCGCAAGUAAACUUCAGGUCGGCAGCACGGAAAAUGGUGUGAGGGCGUGUUCGUUCUGUGUGGCGCCUAUGACUGGGACUUCCGACAAUUCAGGCGAGGAUCAAAAUCUGUGUUAUGGGUGUGAACGGAUGAGACAAGAUCUCAAAAUGUGGAACACGCGCUAG